CGCAGCUCGAGAACUGACCACGGACCACCGCGAUCAUGACGCCGAUCUCGCUGGUUGGCCCGACGCCGGCCGACCACGAGAGCUCCAGCCGGUUAGAGGUUCUUCUCCGUGAGGCCGGGCUGUACGAGACCUCCGAUGAGCUGGCGGCCCGCGAGGAUGUGCUGCGCGAUCUCCAGGCCAUCGUCGACCGGUGGGUGAAGCGCGUCACCGCUCAGCGAGGGUUUCCCGACGGCAUGGCUGAGCAGGCCACCGCCCUUCUGAUUCCGUUCGGUUCGUACCGUCUCGGCGUCCACGGCCGCGGCUCCGACAUCGACGCCCUCGUCGUCGGCCCCUCCUACAUCGACCGCGACCACGACUUCUUCGCCGUGCUCGGCGGCGUGCUGGCGGGGACGGAGGCCGUGACGGAGCUGCAGCCCGUGCCUCGCGCGCACGUGCCCGUCAUCAAGAUGCGAUUCCGGGGCGUGCAGGUGGACCUCCUGUACGCCGGCCUGUGCCUCCCGGUGGUGCCCAGGGACCUCGACCUGCGCGACCGCUCCGUUUUUCGCGGCAUGGACCUGGCCUCCGCGCGCAGCCUCAACGGCGUGCGCGUCGCCGACGAGCUCCUGCGUCUCGUCCCGGACGCCGGCGCCUUCCGCACAACGCUGCGAUGCAUCAAGCACUGGGCCAAGGCGCGGGGCGUCUACUCCAACGUGAUGGGGUUCCUGGGCGGCGUGGGCUGGGCGAUCCUGGUGGCGCGCGUGUGCCAGCUCUACCCCAACGCCUCGCCGAGCAUGCUGGUGCCGCGCUUCUUCAAGAUCUUCGCGCAGUGGAAGUGGCCCAACCCGGUGCUGCUGCGGGACAUCGAGCACGACGACGGCGGCGAGCUCGCGCUCCGGCUGCCAGUCUGGGACCCGCGGCGGAACCCGCGUGACAAGAGCCACCUCAUGCCCGUCAUCACGCCGGCCUACCCAUGCAUGAACUCGUGCUACAACGUCUCGCACGCCACCCUGCGGACCAUCACGGAGCAGCUCCAGAUCGGCAACGGCAUCUGCCAGCAGGAGAUCCUCAAGUCCGGCCCCGGCGGCGCCGGCGGGUGGGACGCGCUGUUCCAGCCGUUCCAGUUCUUCAAGGCGUACAAGAGCUACCUGAAGGUCGCCGUGAAGGUCGCCGGAGGGGAGGCCGACCUCCGGGAGUGGAAGGGGUGGGUGGAGUCGCGGCUGAGGCAGCUGGUGAGCAGGGUCGAGAUGGCCACGGCCGGCAUGCUGCUCUGCCAUCCCAACCCGAAAGCCUACACCGCCAAGCCCCAUGAUCUGCACUGCACGUCAUCCUUCUUCGUGGGCUUGUCCAAGCCACAGCAACAGCAGCAGCAGCCCCAGGUGCCGUUCGACCUACGCGCGACGACGGAGGGGUUCAAGCAGGAGGUGUACACGUACGAGUUCUGGAGGCCCGGGAUGGAGCUGGAGGUCUCGCACACCCGGAGGAAGGACCUGCCGUCCUACGUGCUCGAUCAGAUCCUCCCGCCUGGGCAUCUCAAGAGAAAGCGCGCCGCCGAGAGCAGCUCUUCUCCUCCGUUGUCGUCUGCUUCCGGCGACGUCAAGAAGGUGGCGGCGGCAGGCGGAACCGGAUCGGCGCCUGAGAGGAAGAGGCAAUGCUGUCCCAGCAGCAAUAUCCUCCCCAGCGCUUCAGUACAGGGCGUUGUGUGAGAACUGAGAAAAGAUGAAUAUUCAGAGUAACCACAGGAACUAGCUAAGCUCUAGCUAAGCAUACCAGCAUGAUCAAGCCAAGGGAAGCCGAAGUCUUCAAGCGAACUCUUGUCAGGGAGUUGGCAUGAUCCAAUGGGAGACGGAGAGAAGGGCAGACUCUGCGCCCGGCGGAACAUCGUGUACAGAUACAGAUAUGUGUAGCAUAGCUUUGUCAGAGGAACAAUUUUGUAUGAUAUACUAUGUACUCAAAACUGUUGGCAGCACCACCGAAUAUAAACAUUGUAUUGUCGAUGUUUAUGUUCUUGCUUAGCUCCUUCAGUGCAAGUCUUCGAUGUUA